AUGGACCACGGCAGAAUAAUGGGCACGCCUCUCCGUCGUGCAUCGCUGCGACUGUCGCUCCAACUUUUCGUUGCUGCUCUAAUCCUCACUCUGUUCACUCCCGUCUCGACCCAUAGCCAUGCUCCAGAAGCCAUUCUCCCGAUUCCCGCGAUCACAUCGUGUCCCCGCGCAUCGACGAUCGACGUCGAUCCCCUGAACCCCCCUCUGCGAAAGCGCACUGAGAGCGACGAUGACGAUGCAACCAAGUCGUCCAAACCAACAUCGACAACCGUCGUUCCCUCUUCCUCCUCCUCCCAACUUACCAUCGUCCGUCCCUCGAUGUCUGAUCCGGUCCUCAGCAGCGACAUCAUCAGAGCCACUCCCUCCGUCCCCGAGGCACCCCUCCCCACAGCCUUCGAUACAAACAUAGCCAAUGACUCCUUCACCACCGAAUCUUGCGCCACAUUCUUCAAGGAAUUCACAACAAACUCCGCCUUUAUACAGUGCUACCCCGUCUCCAUCCUCAUCGGCAGCUCGAAAUCCUGGUUCAACGCUGCCAAAUCCUUCGUCUCCAUCACGCGCGUCCUCGACGCCUCCUGCUCCGUGGACGUCGCCAGAUGCACAAAUCUGCUCGCUCAACUCGGCAAGGAAAUAAGCACGAAAGAAAUCUGCGGACAAGAGCUGGCCAACAACAACCCGCUCGUGCUCUCUGCUCGAAACGGCUUUGUAGCCUACAGGUACAUGUACGAUGCAGCCUGCCUCAAGAACCCAGACAUGGGCAGCUACUGCCUCGCAGACGCAUUAUCCUCCGAAGAGACCACGGGGAACACAUUCGUCUACCAUCUCGCUCUGGGCACAAGCCUCCCGGGCGGUUCGCGCCCAGUCUGCAAUAAAUGCCUACAAGCGACUAUGGAGGUAUACUCGCGGGGCGCGGGGUUCAAGGAACAGCCGCUUUCUCAGACAUACAAGCAGGCCGCGCAACAAAUCAAUAUCGGCUGUGGACCGGGAUUCGUCUCCGAGAGCGUCCCAAACGCGGCUUCGGUAUCCGCUUCUUUGCCCUUGCGUGCUUUAUCCUACCUAACCGUACCGCUGUUGGCAUACCUGAUCCUGCAUAUGUCUUGA